GUCUUUUGUGGGCGCGCCGAGCAUAGUUGUGUCAUUCCUUAAAUUCUUGCUGGCCUCCGUUUACUGUAAAGCAAGGGGCAACUUUGCUAAUUCCAGGUGAUUUUUAGAGGAACGAGGAAACCGACGUCUCUAUCGUUGUUAAGCGAUUUUCUGUGAAGCCAGGUAGGUUGCACGCGACUGUAAAAGCUUUCUGUUCAUCUCUUUGAUUCCCCUCCGUCAAAUGUUCCAUCGGUCCGUUGAAUCGUUCGAAUUUUUCUCAUUUUUCUAGAGUUGAGCUUCCGGAACGACUGAUCAAGACAACACUAAGAAGCCUACACGGCAACCAUAAACAGUUGAAGGAGAUUCCCUCCGGUUAAGAUCAUUUUUGUCAGGGCUGUUCUCACAAAACCGCCAAGAUUUCGGACCACGAGGACCUCGAAAUGGCCAACUCGGUCGACGAGGGCAGCGCGACUAAAAGCCCCGUCGACAUGGCAAAUGAUGCCGAAGGAGUUUGGUCGCCCGAUAUCGAACAAUCAUUUCAGGAGGCUCUUGCAAUUUAUCCGCCAUGUGGCCGGCGGAAAAUUAUUCUCUCUGAUGAGGGAAAAAUGUAUGGUAGGUAGCACGUUCUAACCCAUUUGGCGUAGUUUAUUUCAUGGAAGACCUUGAACUCCAAACGUACGUUGAAAGUUUAAAUAUCGCUCGACCCGGAAACCUAAAUGGUCGUUAUCAGCCAGUGUUUUGUACAAGUCAACUAGAUUAAAAAUAUUUCUUACGCGAAACAGGGCUGACUUCUUAAAAAUACAGAAAACAAUGACAAUAGUUACCUCGUUUUUCCACGAAGGCAUGGAAAGGACAGUCGCUCGUUUGUUUGUGUGAGAUAAUAUAACUGAACAACGUUGGUCUCGAGUUGUAAUAACUACAUUACUGGCAUUCAUUCUUCGUGCCAGCUGUAUUGCCAGAGUUCAUGAAAAUGUUAGCAUACUUUAAAGGUUUCUUGCGAGCGUCGGAGCAACGACUUAGAAAUUUAGCGGAUUCGGCGUGGAGAUGUCACGAAUGGCAUAGCUCAACUACGCACAAAUGAAUGCACUAGUCGUAACCAAUUGUUCGAAGUAUGUCGGCUAUGCAUCUUUACAGUUUUUCAUUGACCCUUACCGCAAAGUGGAAAAUAGCGGUUGCAAGAAUAACAUAACAAACUAGUUUUUCUGAGAUUGCGUUGUAAAAAUACCAGUCUUUAGUGGCUUAGAGUCUUGACUAAACCAUUUUUCUGCUAUGAAUGGUCAUGCAAUGAAACUCUGUUUCAUUCUCCGUACAGACUGUAUUCGUUAAGUUCUCUUGGACGUGGGUAUAUUUGGAAGUUAUUUUCCGUGACAAAGUUGGCUAUUUUAUUAUUAAGGAUCUUUCGUUUAUUUAGUUGCAAAUAGCGGUAAAAGGACAUCUUGAGGUUUAUGCGUUUGAAACUUUUGUUUCCUCGACGAACAAAGGCCUUUAUUAUAUCUGAUUAAUAUGCCACAUGGAAGUAUUUUCGCAACAAUAUUGAUCAGCAAUAUUUAAGUUGAAUAUAAUUAUAAAUUAUGAUACUGUUUGAAUCUAAUUCGCUAAAAAUACUUCAAUUAACGUCUUGUAAUAUGUUUAUGUGUGGGCUUUACUUUUACAAGCAUGGUGCAUUUUUUAAUUUUAAGAAUGUUUUCUAAACAAAUGCAAUGAUAUCCAUGUUGUUUGAUAUACUGUUUAUUACAGAGACAGUCCUCAUUUUGUUUUGCUUUCUUUCUUUCCUCAACUUGGUAUACGGUUUGGAGAACGAUAUUAUUAGAUGUUUGAAUCUUACACUCUAAGGAGAAAACUCUUAAUUUUUGAACCACAAGAUAGUGGUUUUCUUUGAAUGGCCUUACCGUAAGAUUUUGUCUUAAGGCAAGACUGCCACCAAUGAAAAGUGAGCAAUAAAUAUUAGUGCUCACUAUUGUAUCCUUUCCAAGAACUAUCCCUUCGGAAUGUUGAAUUUGCAUUGCAGAUCAAGUUACAAAUCAAAAUUUAUGAGUGUAUAGAUAACGAGAAAAAUUAAAAGUAAGGCACAAAUUGUUAUCUGAUGUUUGUAUGUUUCUGACAUCAUUAUCAAGAAUGAAAACUGUUAAGUGUCAAAGUUUUUAAAAGAGUUGAGAUUUGAAUUCCUUAGAUGGCAUUUGUGUUUGCUUGAUUAUUAUGAAGAUGUGCCAAUAGAAUAGUUUUGCUUGAAUCAAGUCUGAUAGAUGAUAACCAUUAAAAAAAAUGAAGCAAGACCUUGAGCAGUGGAUAUGUUGAUAUUGUAAUAACCUUUAUCAAUGCAUGUCUGUCAGACAAGUAGAAAACAUAGAUCACUUGUUUUGGUGCAUUCUAAAGCUGUUUUAGUACAUCACAAACAUGAAACCUUUUAAGAACCAGUCUUUGAAAACAGUGGUAUAAUGUAGUUAAAUUAUUGCUUUCUAGUCAAAUCAUUGCAAAUUGCGAACAUUUUUGCUUCUGUGUAGAAUUUAGCCAGUAUCAGUCAAGUUCCCUUACAUUCGCGCCGUGGAUAAAUCUCUACCCUUCUAUAAGCGGCAACUUCACGGAAAUGACCUCUUCCACUUCUUCCCAAAAUUCUCUUGGACAUCAAGGCAAGAGAAAAUGUCUUAAAAAAACCUAGGCCUGGCCAGCAGCGGUCCACCUUGGAUGUAAUUGCUACAUACAUGUUAACUUUUUGGGGGGGGGGGGGGGGUGCUAGGGUGGGGAGUUGUGUAACCUACACUGUAUGCUAAUUAAAUAUGGUUUUUCUUUGUAACUCAGGACGAAAUGAGUUGAUUGCCCGAUAUAUCAAACUGAGGACUGGGAAGACAAGAACAAGGAAACAGGUAUGUUUUUUCCAUUUUGGGUGCGGAGUGAAAUAUCUUUUUGAAUGAGCACUAUAAUUAAAUUUGGUAGCAUAGUAAUGAAGAGAGUAUUAUGCCAUCAGAAAGUUUUAAUGUACAGCCAUGGUCAAAAGAAAAUAAAGUGGUGUGUUAAAGAUUGUUAGCCUAACAGUUUUUCAACGUUCAAUUUGUUUUUUGCAAUAUUUGAUGUACAGUCGACUCUCGAUAACUCGAACCUUUAAGCGAAAGUGAAAACAGUUUGAGUUAUUGGGAGUUCGAAGCAAUUAACCAGAAUUAAGGAAAUGGGAUCAGGGAGGAAUGUAAGUACAUGUAUCAUGUACAUUUCAAUUCAAGGGCAAUAAGAGAUAUAUUGAUAUUUUGAUGAAGAAAUUAAGCAACAAAGCUUGAUUGAUCAUUACAGUGCUAAACAUUGUUAUUUGAAUUGGACUGACAAAAACGCAUUAAGCUUAAAUGGAAAGAAUACUUGGUUGUUUUGAGAGAUAUGUUAUGUUUUGUACUCCAGUUCACUGCAUUUUUUCGACUUGUCAUGUGUUUAAAACAUGGUUUGAGUUAUCAAGGGUAUAAUUGUAUAGAAAUGGUCUAGAGGGAAACAAAAAUUAUGUUGAGUUAGUGUGAGGUUCGAGUUAUCAAGAGUUUGAGCUACUGAGGGUAAAAUUACAGAAAGUGUACGUUGGAAAUCUACGGGAAAUCGAUUUUGGUUUGAGUUAGCGUGAGGUUCGAGUUAGCAAGGGUUCGAGUUAUCGGGAGUCAACUGUACAUGUAAUACUUGGAAGACAUAAUAGUUUACGUGAAGCUGUGAAUGACAUAAUAAAGUUUAGCGAAAAAAAAGAUGUGUAAUUAGUGAUUUUAUGCCAAUUGAAACAGUUCCUUUAAGGAGCAUCUGUCAUGGAGUCAUUGAAAGUAACCCAUUCUCCUGGAGAUUUUGCGAAAACGCGUUUUGAAGCUAGUAGUGGUUUUCUGGUCAUUAAAUAAAAAACAAAGUUUACAAGCCUUCUGAUCCAGAUGCAAAACAGUUCGAAGUUCGGGCAGGAGAAAGCAAAAGCAGUUUUUGGGUUUAAAAUGACACAGCAGUCUUGACUUUUCCUUUCGCUUUCUCUCCUCCUCCCUUUUUUUCUUUUCUUGCCUCAUUUUUUUUUUUUCUCUCGCUGGGCAUUUAGUAGGCUUCAUUUUGGUGGGAAGAGUUUUAGGAAAGCUUUUAGGAUCUUAGGAUUAGGUGAAAGGAAAGGUAGGUGGGUAAUGGAACAAGAUUUUCAUGGAGAUUUUCAGGUCCUUGUCACGUGGUUUUUCGCUUCUUUCUCCGGUGUCCUUGACUGAAUUGUGCUCAUUCUGGUAUGGUUUGAAAGAUCUCUUCACUCUGCACAAGUUAGCGGAGAAAGUUGUCCUUGACCGUUAAAACUGAUGACGUCACAAAGGGUAGAAAGGACCUGGAUCUGCACGGGCGGUUACGGGCGGUUCAGGGGCGAAUGGGUUAAGCUGUCUCCCCCUUUUUCUUUUUGAAGGGACUUUCUUUUGGUUGGGAACAUGUGUUUAUUUUGAACCAUGGUAAAUGACGUGUGUGAUCAUGCAGUAAAAUCACUUUCUUACUUCCCUUCGCUUUCGGUCAGUCUUCUAAUAAAUAUAUUCGUAUGAGCUACAUGUAAGUGCUAAAGUGGCCAGAUAGCACAAAAUGUAAAGUAUUUUGGAUUUAACAGUUAAAAACACUACACUUGUCAGUUGUCUGUGGUAAGUAUUCAUUUCUUUUGUUAUGAUCCAUGCGUUAAUUGCAUGGCAUUUUUCACGGAACUUAAGUUUGAAAAGUUGUACACUUUAAACCAAGAUCUAAUUUUUUGUUCCAAUUGAUGAUUUCAUGAAAGGAACUGCUUACAAGAGUUACUUGUCCUAGGUAAAAUCCUGGUUUUCAGAUUGUCAGUGAAACUUUUUUGAAAAGCUAGUUAAACGUGAAGUUCUGUUAUAUUGGGAUUUUGUUUCUUAUGUACUUAGGUUUCCAGUCACAUUCAAGUCUUAGCAAGGAAAAAAGCACGGGAGAUUCAAGGCAAACUUAAGGUUGGUUAAUUUGUUGAUUUGUGUUUAACACAUGUAGGUUUCAAGUCACAUACAAGUGUUGUCAAGGAGAAAAUCCAGGGAAGUUCAUGUGAAAAUUAAGGUUUGUGAAUAAUUUGCAGUUAUUAGUCGAGAUCAGUAGUUAAUUGUGAAGUUAGGCAUGAAUCCAGGCAUGCUGCUGCAGAAUAUGGUCAGAUUUUUGGAAAUAAAAGGAGUUGGAGAUGUAAAAUUGAUAUAUUCCUGGGAAUGGAUGUGACCAACCAAACUCUCUAGUUAUACUGACUUUUUGUCGUUUUGAAGGAAUAAGUAUUUUUUGCUGGUAAGAAAUUUGUUUUGUAGGCAAGCUUGUCACUUCCGUACUAUAUGUAUGACAUGGUGAGGUGAUAACAGAGUUAGAGUAGCAGUGUAGUUAAGGCAUUAAGCUUGGGUUACCACACUCUUGCAGUAUAGUCAAACUUCUCAGGCAUUUUUCAUUCUGUUUAGUGGGAUUUCAGUUACCAUGGAGUGGGAACACAAGCAAGGAUGGAUAAAAUAGUUAGUUAAUGUAAAAAUGGCUUCAGAUUCUCAUGUUGACCAGAAUUCUUAAUACACCCAUACGUUAAGAGAGGGAGAGAAACGGCCCAUAAACCCCACUGAGUUUUACCAAUUUGAAAGGAAAUCAAGGAAUAAUAUGCCAAGUUUUUGCUCGCAUGGUUCUGUUAUUCCCUUGAUUACGUACCUGGCUAACACUCUUUGAGGUACGGGUCAUCUUUAGCCCUUUAGUUUAACCCACUCGCCCCUGAGCCGUCCUGAACCGCCUGUGCGGAUCCACGUCCCUUCUACCGCUUGUGAUGUCAUCAGUUUCAAAGGUCAAAGACAACUUUGUCUGCUAACUUGUGAAGAGUGAAGAGAUCUUUCAAACCAUUCCAGAAUGAGCCCAAUUCAGUCAAGGACACCAGAGAAAAUGGCAAAAAACCAUGCAACAUUGAGAUGAAAAUUUCCGUGAAAUCUUGUUUCACUACCUCCCUACAUUUCCUUUCACCUAAUUCUAAUAUCCUAAAAGCUUUCCAAAAAACUUUUCCCACCAAAAUGAAGCCUACUAAAUGCCCAGCAAAAGAAAAAAAAAUGAGGCAAGAAAAGCGAAAAAAGGGGGGAGGAGAGAAAGCGAAAAGUAAAAGUCAAAUUGCUGUUUCACUUUUAAACCCCCAAAAUUUUUGCUUUCUGCGCAUGCCCGAACUUCACAAGCUUUUGCAUCUGGAUCAGGAGGUCGCAAAGUGUAUAACCUGUAAAUGGCUUUUUUUAAGAUCUUUAUAGCACGACAGCGACCAGACACCUGCCUGACUAGCUUCAAAGUGCAUUUUUCAGCAAAAUUUCCAGGGGCGAAUGGGUUAAUAUGUUUGUACCCUUGGCUUUAAAUAAUUUGCAUAGUACUGUUAAUGUCAUCUGACUUUUGACCUCGAGACUAGAUUUCUUAUGCAAGCGCUUUGCUUAGCUUUUAAAAUUCUCUUUCGUUUGACCCUGGUGGAACCUCACAACUGUCUGUCUAGUGGUGAAUUCUUGGUGAUUCACAUAGUAAUCUACAUUACACAUUUUGAUGUUUUCCUGGUACCUGUCAAUUUUUUUUAAGAAUUAAAAAACUCGUGAUUAUUAUGUGUGGUUUUGAACUGUAUUUUUAAAGAAAGGUCAUGAAGUAUGAGAUGAAGAUAUUGUUCUGAUGAUGUGGUGAAGGAAUCAAAGAUGCAAUAAGUCCUUGUAGUUUUCACAGAAGCCUCAAUAUUUUGUGUACUUUUAUUUUAUCACUCAGGAUCAAGCGGCUCGUGAUAAAGCUCUACAGACCAUGGCUUCAAUGUCAUCUGCCCAGAUUGUUUCAGCAUCUGUUCUUCACAACAAAGCUUUAGCUGCUGCAGGAAUUCCACCACAAUUCAAUAAUGAAAACCAGGGCUAUCAGGUAUGUGAUCUUCAAAACAAUCAUUUUUGUCCUUCGACUGUAUUUUAGAUCGGUAUUUGGUCUUCCUUGUUCAUUCUCAAAAACGCCCUGUUGCUGUAACUCCGUUUCCGUUUCCAUCAAUCCACGCCUUCCAACUCCUUCCUCCUCCACAACUUGGUACUUCCCUUAAGUACACAGAGCUUUCGGAACCCGUCUGGAACCAUACAUCAGUGCUGUCAUGCAAGAUGUUUGGCAGCCCUUGUAAGCAUUUAUACAUGGCAAUGGCAAUGAACUGUGACCAGGGCUACAACUUUCCCCCAAUUUAUGCAAGAAUUUUUCAGCCCACGUCCAAAACAUGGCUGAUGAAGGGAUCUGGAUGGGUUCCCUGUGCUCUGUGUGACUUUCAAGAAAUUGUUGGUGAUGAAGAAUACUUCUCGGUUAUUAACAUGAAUUAUUCUUGUGUUUUCAUUUUUGAGAUCUCUAAAUUUGUAUUAUUUUUUCUAUAGUUGCCUUUAUUUUAUUAUUUGUUUUACAGCAACAAUACUGGCCUGCUGGAGCUGGUCAGCCAGUACCGGGCAGCUACAACAAUGCAUCACAGCCCCCAUAUGACAGUGCAGCAGUCCAAGCCACUGUUCCGGGAAGUGUUGUGUCAACGGCCUCAGUUUCUAGUCCCACUGGGGCUGCCGUCAAUAGCCCUGAUGACAUGGUAAGUUCAUACUGAGACACAAUUUAAUAGAUCUUGUGAGAAAAUAGCUAACAAUGCCAACACUUGCCUGUGUGCAGACAUCUCCUAUUUCCUUUGUUGCACGCGGAAAAGGGACGUCUGCGUAACACUGUCGCUAAUCGUGUGCCAACGUCCCACUGGGUUCCCAAGAUCUUGGGAACAUGCUCUGAUAGGCUGACACACAGUGCGCAUUGUUUGACAUAACGCUGAUUGGUUGUUAUCGAAUCUGGUCUGAUAAUGUUUGCGGUGAUUUAUGUAAUCGGGGUUUUCCAGCCAAAACAAAUCAAAACAUGUGCCAUUGUGUGCAUACCGUUCGAAAUCUUGUGCGAGGCCGCGGAAAAUUUAAUGUGUACGAGGAAAUUGUUUCUUUACAAUUUACUGUGCAUAACAGAUCACAUCAUAUUUGUAAACAGUGUCUGAGAAAACUACAAAAGCAGCUUGGACUUCACACCAGGCAGGCAUUUCGGAGAAAGCCAGCCAAAGAAACUAAAAUCUUUAUUUAGCCGUAACAAACAGAGGUCAAAGAAAAUUCAAACACUUUACAACUGCAUCUGAAAUCAAAUCCUACCAGGAACACCCACAGAAGCAUAAACCACAGGAAAUGACUGCUCAGUAUGCAUGUAACAAACCUGCUUCAUGACCUCUAAAUGUAAGACUUAGUGCGGCAAAAACGAGAUUUACUCAGUCAAAGUUUAGAAUGCUACAUGCACUGUGUAGUGCUAGUAACCUUCGCGUGAGAGAGAAAAGAAGAAAAACCUCUGUUCAAGGAGACUCUCAAGGUCAUGUUUCGCAUUAUCACGAGCUUAUGAUGUUGUGUUUGGCCUGUCAACUCUUAUUUCUAACCGGAUAUUAUUUCACAAUUUAUGCGAAAUAGAAUACCCUGUCAGCGGGACGCUGGAACACGAUUAGCGACGGCGUUACGCAGACUCCCUUUUCCGCGUGCAACCAAGGAAAUAGGAGACGUCUGCACGCAGGCAAUGCCAACACUGGUUCCCCACACAAUGAUGUGGUAAGAAUGAGUGCAGAAAUUCCAUACUGGUGGUAUUGGUUGAAACAAAUUUUUGGUGGAUUGGUGGUAAACAAAUUUCCAUCCCGGCACGCCCAAACAGAAGUACCACCCGUAUCCGGGUAGUGACAGGUUAUCAGUAUGGGAUUUCUGCAUUUGAUAGUGUUUAAUGGAUGGUUAAUAACCCUUUUUUGCCUCUUCAGAGGAGCAGUUCCUACAGAGGCACAGUGUCUUCCACACCACCAACAUUUGCGGCUCAUGGCAGUUCAUCAUGGCCACCAAUAAAAACUCAAUAUGAACACCAGCUGGUAUGUCUGGCUUUGUUAACAUCAUUAAACUCAGCUAUACUGUAAACAUUUCCAAAUUCCAAUUUUACCAGGAAUCAGGUAGACGAAGAACCACUUAGUGGAUGUGCUACUUCUUCUACAUCAUCAUCAUUAUUAUUAUUAGUGAACUGCGAUCUAUAACGACAGCUACAUGUAUAGGCCCAUUAACCUGUAAACAAAAAAAUAUAUAUCUGAAUAAAGCCCCCCCUGAUGUAAGUUCCCAUCUCGCUUGUGUUGAUAUGAAUUUGAUUAUGACAUUUUGAAACUUGAUUAAAAACCAAUCAAUGCAGAAUGUCUUUUGAUAGGCCCUCUGUUUGUAAGCCCUCUUAAAUCCCUUAUUAGCCCAGUGCUUAUAGUAAGUGGCUGUUUAUGGUAGGUUACAUGUAUGUUACAUAUCACCUAUUCAUAUAUUAUCAGUUGCCUUGAAUUCUGUACACAUGAUGAAAAAAAAAGUUGUAAUAAGUUAACAAGAACUAUUCCUGAAAGUGGAGAAAAAAUAAUGUUGCUCUUUGGUGUGAACAGAUGUUGAAGCAUAUGGUGUGUCAAUCUGCAUUUGCCACAUUGUACCUUUAAGGAAGCGUCCAUUAGAAUAAUAUUAUUUCUAAUCUUUUUGAUCAGAAAGAGGAAUCAACAUCUCCAAAGUCCAUUUCAAUCAAAGUUAAUGGUAGAAAAAACUUUGUGGAUUUGAGUAAAUUGCUGUUGAUAAUUUUAGUUAGAUAUAUUUUGAUGUCCAUAAUUAUUUUCUUUUUUUUAUCGUAGCCAUUGCGGUUAGUUGAAUUUUCAGCUUUCCUCGAGCAGCAAAGAAUGGACCCGGAAUCUGUAAGUAGAUCUUCUUCCUAUUCUGUCAUUUUUUCUUUUACAAUAAUUUACAGUUAUUAUUACAGUUCAGUUGCAGUUCGUUAACAAGAAAUGCAAAAAGAAUGGUUAAUAAAAAUGCUCUGCAACGUCUUAAGAAUAUUGAUGGUAAUUUUAAAGAUGACUGGAUUUGGGAUGUCUUUGGUAGUAGUACGUCUUCAAAUUAAUACCUGUACAAGUUAUUUUAUGGUUUGUGUGAUGAUUUUUCGGUGGUUUUGACUUCAUAAUUAAUCAGGAAUUCCAUAAACUAUUAGAAAAGUGGUUCAAUUUAAAUGUUGAUGAUGAUGUAUAUUUUGUUUUCAGUACCACAAACAUUUAUUUGUUCACCUGGGUCCGAACACUGAUUUAGGGGACCCACAUCUUGAGGUAAGACUUGUACUAAAUCCUGUGAAAGUUCUAUCAGCUAUAAAUGGGCCAUUUCCAAGUUGUUUGGGCCUCUGCUUCAAGGCAAGGCAAAGUGUGAAGCUAUUGUUAUGAAAACGAUUUUUUAUUUUCUUGCAAAUAAAUUUCAUUUUCACAUGGCCUUGUUUAAAAAGUGAGGGUUUUUGGGACUAAGAAAUGGCCUGUUUUCACAAAACAGCAUUGGAAAUACGUAGUUGUUAAUAAUUAUCUCUUAUGGAUUGACUGAACAUGUACUAACAUCACAUUUUUUCCAAAACCAAUUUUAGGCAGUUGAUAUCCGACAAAUUUACGACAAAUUUCCAGAAAAGAAGGGAGGCCUCAAAGAACUGUAUGACAAAGGACCACAGCAAGUGUUUUUCUUGGUGAAGUUCUGGGUAAGCAAUUGCGUAUUCUGGCAUAAUCAGAAUUUUUGUAGAUUUUUAAUUUGCCUGCAGUGUGCGACAAAUGCAGACUGUAGACUUGGAGGCUGGCAUGUAUGGUCUUGUAAGUGAGGUACAUACGUAAAUGUUGUCAUGAAAUGUUGUCAAAUUGAUCCCCUCCUUAAGUUUUGAGAGCAAUUUAUAACAUUGUUUACCUCGUUUACAGCUGUACCUGCCAGUCUUCAAGUCUGCAGUCUGCAUUUGUUGCACAACGCUUUGGCUUGUGGAUAAGAGGCAUUUUACACUUAAAUUGCUAGUUAAGUUAACAAGUUUGAUUUUCUACAACAUUUCAUCCAUUUUUUGUAUCAUUUUACAAUCCUAGGCUGAUCUCAACACGAACAUUCAUGAUGGUGCGUUCUAUGGUGUUUCAAGCACGUAAGUGAUAGAAGUCAUAAUUCAUACACUAACUAGUAUAUAUAAACAUAGCCUUGUUGCAAUGCAAUACAUCCAUAUACAAGCGUAAAAGGGCACAUUCAGGGAAAGGAACUGCAGCCAAAAAAUAAUGUGUUCCUAUUGGGGAUGUGUCGGUCAGCUAUUUACCAAUUUUUUCCUGUCCUUGUAACAGUCCCAGAUGUCUUUGCAGAAAUGCAAAGCUUAAUAUUGAUCUCAUGCAAGUAAAACUCAUUUUCACAAGAAAGGUUUUUCACUUAACCUGGUUUUGAAAAUGAGAGUUUUUGGAACUCAGAAAUGGUCUAUUUGAAUGGUUUGUUAACCUACACUGCAAGCUUUUUUUUAAACUUUCUUAGCCAGAGACAUUUCUCCUCUUUCCAUUUAGAAAUGUUUGUAGAAUACAAUUUAUGUCAGCUCUACAUGAGUAGCGAGACCCUAGAUUUAAAACUGCUAAUCAGUGAAUUUUGGUAAAAGAUUUUUAACUUAUUCAUUGCUUUCCUUCCAGGUAUGAGUCUAAUGAGAAUAUGACAAUCACAUGUUCCACUAAAGUUUGUUCCUUUGGAAAGCAAGUUGUGGAAAAAGUGGAGGUGAGAUGACAUUAUUAAUGGUUGAGCGACUAGGUUUAUAUUACAUCUUGCUUGAUUUUUGUAAGCAUACCUACUGAAUGUUUCAGCCAUGAUUUGACUGAAAAGAGACCAGUAGGGCAAAGGAAAAGGAGAAAAAAAUUAGAGAGAGGAAAGGAGAAAAAUCGAUGGUUACACUCUUAUUUUUAUUUUGGCUGCUUCAGAGAAAAAACAACUGAACCUAUUUUAGCAGUAAUUAUGUUAUCAAAAUCCAACUAGAUAUAUUAGUAAUGCAUAAAACUUGCAUUGCGCACAUAUUGAACACUUAAUGACUGCAUGGUUCUGAGGGAAAUGUUCUCCGAGGCUGAGCUGAAGAAAACAUAAUUGAGAUUCAAAAAAACAAAUCAAACCAAUUAUUUCUCAAGCCAUACCAGGGUUAGUCAUCAGGUCAUGUUAUUAUGUCCCACAAAGACAAACUUUUAGGUGUAGAAUUUUCUGGAAGUAAAUGUUAGCAGGCUGUUAAGAUUUCCAAAACAUUGCUCAGUUACCUUCUCAUGUCAUACAUUUUGUAGUGUUGCCUGCUCAGAAACUACAAAAACUAGUCACUGAUUGGCUUAGCUUGAGUGUUGGUUGUAACCCUUUUCAUAAUGAUGUUGCUCUAUAUUAAAAGGACCUUUGGCCACUUGCAGUACGGAAAAGUGGAUUGUUUAGCAUUUUAGAGUUCCUGGUUGUCGUUGUUGAGACGGCCAAUCUUUUUAUGAGCUAAGAUUUUUGGCAGGAAACAAUUUUUUUUAUAUUAAUGUUAUGUGACCUUGAAGAAAUCAAUGAAAGCUCGUGUUGGGGAAACAUAUUCAGCUAUACCAGAAACCCAUGAGUUUCUGGCUAUACCGCAGUUAUAACCUUAAAAUACAGUUAUAACCUUAAAAUAUUUAUAACAACUUGCCUAAGGUCUUUAAACUAUAUAAUUAUUUUAUUUUCUCUUCUCCACAGACUGAGCUUGGCCAUUACGAAAACAAUCGUUUUGUCUACCAAAUUCACAGAUCACCAAUGUGUGAUUACAUGAUCAAUUUUGUUCACAAGCUGAAGCAGUUACCUGAGAAGUAUAUGAUGAACAGUGUACUCGAAAACUUCACCAUACUACAGGUGUGUACAUUGCUGUACAUGCUGCUUAUGGCACAUGAUCAUACUGUUAUCUUUUUAUUGUCUGGAUUUACUAAUCUGCAAACAAACUGUCCAAUUUGGAAACCAAAAUUAAAGACAAGGUACCUGUUGAUCUCCCAUCUCUUUUUGUGUGCCUCUUGUGUGUGACCUCUCACAUUAGGGAGCUUAAGCAAUGACGACGGGUACAUCAUCAGUUUUACAUGUAGGGGUUUUGUCGUUGUAGUUAUUGAGUACAGAAGUUAUUACAGAUGGCAGGCGACAAUAAGACUGUGUUAAGCAAUUUUGGCCUUUCUGCUCUGUUUACUAGCAUUAUAAACAACAUUUCAGUAGCAGCAGGUUGUUCUUUACAACUGGUAAGGCCAAACCCCGGGGGGGGCACUUGGGUAUUUUUUGGGUGGGUAUGUGCUGCCCGGGACUCCAAAUUGGCAUCCCGUUCUAAAAAAAAAUUCCCCUAAAAUUGAUACCCCGUUCUAGAAAUGGGCCAAUUUUUUAUACUCCGUUCUAGGGUGCAACAACAGUAUAACAGUUUGCUUCGGUAACGCAUUGAGCCGUAUUUUUAAAAACAAUCUGUUCUUGAAUAAUUUCAAAUGGCUGCUGACAAAACUGGAGCUUUCAUGCGUUCGAAAUAUUAUACCCCGUUCUAGAAAAUGCCUCUGAAAUGGAUACCCCUUUCUAAACCAGGAGCUUUAAAAUCACGACCCUGUUGGGUGGCACAUACCCGUAUAGGUAAUGUAUGGGAGUAGCCCCCCCACCUCCCCCGGGGGCCAAACGCAAUUGUUGGUGUAUAUUGUCAUGAUCACAUAUUGAAUGACCUGUGGCAAUUUUUGUCCCUUGUAUUAGGAUCUUCUUAGUGAAAGCAGUUUACAUGGUGCUAGGAUCUUCCUACCUCUCAGCUAUGCAGAUCCUAGCUGUACUAAGAAGAUCCUAGCACUUAGGGACAAGUACAACCCUUUGUACUAUGUAAACUGAAUACAGAAAACAUAUGGCUGCAGGAUUAAGUAUGCACCUUCUAGGAUCUUCCUGGUGCUAUAGACUUACACUUUAGCCCCUUUAGCUAAUUGUUAUUGUUUACUGUAGGUUCUGACCAACAGAGAAACCCAGGAGACAUUACUGUGUCUGGCUUUUGUGUUUGAAGUGUCUACCAGUGAACACGGAGCACAGCAUCACAUUUACCGACUAGUAAAAGACUAAUCCUCCAAUAGAACAGAUACUUGACCUGCUAUCUAUUCAAUGUUUACAGUGUCAAAUAUAAUCAUAUGCAGCUGUCACUAAUUUGGUGGAGACCACACAACAACUUCGAGUUCCCUCCCUAUGCACGCAUUUUUAGCUCAGGUUAAUAACAAAUACAGAUAAACUUAUGUGAUUAAAUCUUAAAUGGUGGCCGAUGUCACUUAGGUAGAUGCAAAUGUGCCUACAAAUUAUCUUAUAGUGCAGAUCUUGUAAAAAAGAAUCAUACACUCUACAUUUUGACCUUGUACUUGUAAAAUUUACAAAUUAGUGAGUAAGUGUUUCUCUAGUUCUCCUUUUACUAUUAAAGCUUUAGCACUUCUUUAGUCUUCGCUGUUAAAUAAUGUAUAGUGGAAUAUUGUUACAGUUUUAACUGCUGUUGGUCACAUAGACUUUAAUAUUAUUAUUCUAAAAAAAAUGAACAAAACGGGAAAGAAUUAAUGUAAAGCUGUUUCAUGGCAAGUAUUUUUUCAAAUGAAGAUUUUUACAAGUUAAACAGUGCAGCUUGACUGUGCCAAACAUAUCUUGCUUCACUUGUGGAGCUUAAGUAUAACAAUGCAUAGAGGGUACAUAUGGGUUUUAUCCCCUUCUUUUGUACUUGGCUAUGCUCUUAUAAAGCCUCAUCUCACAGAUAAUCACCAUGUACACACAUACCUCGUUGCUAAUACUGAGAGCAAGGUCAUUCUAGGUCUUGGAGAGGCCAUACGUGUAAUAAAGAAUCUAUACAUUUGUGGAAAACUGGUAUCAACUGAGGUUUAAAGCUACUUAGUUAACUGAUGAUAUGUAGAACUAGUCUUACAUAUGAAUUUUUUCUCAUGUAAAUAAGCAAGGGCCUUUAAGUGGUCUGUUUCCUAUCUAUUCUUUGUUCUACUUCCCUUAAAUGUCUCUGAUCAAAACAGUUAGUAAAAAGAGAAAUAUCUCUCAAGUUACAUAACAAAGAACAGCUAUUUUUUGACUUACAGAAAGCAAGAAAAAAAAGAAUUUUGGUGUCACCUUGAAGCAACUCUUUGUAAUGAAACGUCCCUUUGCAGCACUGUUUUUGCAAUUCUUGCCCAUAAUGCUUGUGACAAUUUACUUGCAAAAAAUGCCAUUCCUUUGAUGGUUGCCAUCCCAAUUCAGGACGCAUGCGAAGGGGGUGGGGAAAGUUCCUGUUUCCCACGAACCUGGCUUUAGUAUAUAACCAAAGAGAAAACGUUUUUAAGGUGUGAAUGCUGUUUAAUAAGAACUAAUCGCUCUGUUCCUUUCCUAAAACUACAAGGAGCUGUGUCACGAAAUUUAUUGAAAUUCAAACUGUAGGAACUGCCACUAAAUUGAGUGCAAUAUGAAAACAACCACAUGAAAUGUUAAAAAAGGUAUAAACACCAUAAAUAACACAGAGGGAAGCAAGGAUGGAAAAACUUGAAGAAGAUUGAAACGGAUUGCAAUAAUAGAGGUUUUUGAAAAAUUGUUAGCCUAACAGUUUUUCAAGGUUCAUUUUUCUUUUUUGUAGCGUUUGAUAUAAUUCUAGGGAGACAUAUUUGUAGGACGCAAAGCUGUGAUUUUGUCAUUCACAAGUAAGUGAAUAACGACAAGUAAUAACAAAAUGAACCACCCAGUCGUGGCACAGCCUCUUAAACUCCAGGACAUGAACAGUGUUGAUGUUUCUUAGUUUUCAAAAAACUUCAAAUCAAGGCUGUUCAUAAAUUGACUGUCUGUGAGUUUUAGUGUAGGUUACUUCAAGAUUAAGGCACCAUAUUUUUGUACUGUCAUUGGUGAAGUAGCAGCAGUCCCUGUUGUGAAUGAUAAAAAGCCUUUCAAAGUAAAUAAAUAAUAUAGUGGUUAAGUGGAGGUUUUUACCAAUAUUAUUAAAUGAGUAAUUUUGUUAUUGUUAACAAAGUAAUGUAUCAUACGAACUAUACGUUAUAAAUAUAUAUAUUGGAC